GAGCGCGCCGCUCCCGCCCGCUCCCCGCCGGCCGCUCGCACCGGGCGCCAUGUUCGCCGCCAAGCCCAAAACCGUCAUCGGCUUCAACCUUUACUGCGGCGGCUCCGCGGGGCUCGGUACCGGCGGGCCGGGCCUGCCGGGAACGGGGCAGCACCGGGACCCCGCGGCCGCCGCUCCCUCCGCCGCCGCCAUCGCCUCAGGCGCGGGGCCCUCCGGCGCCGACCCCCCCCGCGCGCUGAUUGGCCGAGGCGCCGCGGCGCGAUCGCUGAUUGGCUGCGGCGCGGCUCUCUGGCGCCCCGAGCAGGAGCUGGACGGCUGCGAGCCCGAGCCCGAGCGCGGCCCCGCCGAGGAUUCGCCGCCCGGGACCCCCCCCGGGCCCCCCGAUGGUUUACGGCAGGAUUCGCUGGAGCUCAUCGCUCGUUACCUGCGGGAGGUUGCUGGGGAGGAGGAGCCGAGCAAGAAAAAGCUUUUUCCGGGACUUCUGGCCGGUCCCGGGCGGCCCGGAGCGGCGGGGGAUGCGGUGAUGGAGAAAGCGCUGGAAACGCUGCGGAGGGUCGGUGAUGGAGUGAUGCAGAAACACGAGCUCGCUUUUCAAGGGAUGCUCCGAAAAUUGGAAAUCCAGCAGGAGGAGGACCUGCAGUCGGUGGUGGAGGUGGCUGCCCACGUGUUCAGUGAUGGGGUGACAAACUGGGGACGUGUGGUGACCCUCAUUGCCUUUGGAGCCUUCGUGGCCAAGCACCUGAAGAGCAUCAAGCAGGAGCAGAGCAUCAGUUCCCUGGCUGGGAUCAUCACAGAUGCUCUGGUGUCCUCCAAACGCCAGUGGCUGGAGAGCCAGGGGGGCUGGGAAGGCUUUGUGGACUUUUUCCGGGUGGAGGACCUGGAGGGCAGCAUCAGGAAGGUGCUGAUGGCGUUCGCGGGCGUGGCCGGGCUGGGGGCCAGCCUGGCUUACCUGGCCCGGUGACUCACCUGGGCGUGGCAGGACCGCACAGCUGCCCCUCCCCCCGCCGGAGCCGGGCCCGCCUGCAUCCCGAGGAAGAGGAAGAGGAAGAGGAAGGUGUGAGCCCGGCUGGGGCUGCUGCUGGAGAGGGUUUGGCUGCUCUGGGGGCAGCUGAGCGUGGGAGAGUCAGCAGGGAGAUCAAGUGGAAUUUUUAUCCCUAAAAAAUCCCAGAAGAGUUGGUGCUCUGCUGUCAACAGGGAGCUGAAGUGGAAUUUUCACCCCUAAAAAUCCCAGAAGAGUUGAUGCUUUCCUGUCAACAGGGAGCUCAAGUGGAAUUUUUAUCCCUAAAAAUCCCAGAAGAGUUGGUGCUCUGCUAUCAACAGGGAGCUCAAGUGGAAUUUUUAUCCCUAAAAAAUCCCAGAAGAGUUGGUGUUCUCCU